AUGUUGAGUGCCGGUGCGCGUGUUCUCCUCCGGGGCUGCUGGACCGGUCCCGGUAGUACAUUCACCGCUCUCCGAGCCUGCAGUAACAAGCCGCAGAGUAACCCCAGGGUGUACAUGGACCUGGUAGCCGAUAACCAGCCCCUGGGCCGGGUCACGUUCGAGUUAAAAGCUGAUGUGGUGCCAAACACAGCAGAGAAUUUCCGAGCUUUAUGUACAGGGGAAAAAGGAUUUGGUUACAAAGGAUCCACAUUCCACAGAAUAAUCCCAAACUUCAUGUGCCAGGGUGGAGAUUUUACCAAUCAUAAUGGCACAGGUGGGAAAUCUAUUUAUGGAAGCCGCUUUCCAGAUGAAAAUUUCAUCUUAAAACACACUGGACCAGGUGUUCUCUCAAUGGCCAAUGCAGGACCAAAUACCAAUGGCUCACAGUUCUUUAUCUGUACUGUGGAAACAGAAUGGUUGGACAACAAACAUGUUGUGUUCGGUUACGUUAAAGAUGGCCAUGAUAUAGUCAAGAAAAUGGAGAGCUAUGGUAGCAAAAGUGGGCGACCCUCUAAAAGAAUUGUCAUAGCUGACUGUGGAGAACUAUCCUCUUGACCUCCUCGAAUUAAUACUAAUUUUGUGAACAUCAACAUCACUGGAAGAGCCAUAAAUUUCCUAUAGUCAUGAAAUGGGCGACUUAUUUGUAUAAAUUGUUCAGGUCUUUAUUUAAACAAUGACUCUUGACCCUUUCAUGUACCAUCUGGCAUCAAUUUUUUUUUUAUAUUUAUUUAAAUACUACACUAGUAGUAAACCAAAUCACCUGCUUUUUUUGUUUUUCUUCUCACUAAAAUAUUGCUAGCUGUACUGUCUGUCCCAUACUGUGUUGUGCAUUUUGUUUUGAGUCAUUGGGGUCACUGCUGACAUUGGUUUUAAUUGGGCACAUUUCAAAAUACAUACUUGUAUAAACUGAGUUUUUGGUGGUUAUUUAUGGGUUUAUAAUUCAGCAAUUUGGUAGGAAUUAAGCACUAGCACUGAGCUCUGGCAGUCAAAUGAAAGUUUGACUCUUCUCACAGCAGUAGCGCUUCUGGUGAUGGUCAAGACGGCAACUAGAGGCAUUUUUAGCUCUGCAAUAUAAGCAUUGCAUGCAGGGUUAAAGAUAAAGGACCACAGCACCCAGUCCACUUCAUUAAGAUGACAUGGUCUGGGUGCCUCUGGUAAUCCUUUUAAUGUUUUUUAUU